AAAUAUAAAAUCUAAAGGAAAUAAAAAAAAACCCAACACAUACAUAUAUAAAUACACAAAAAUAUAUAUAUACACAAAAAAAAAAGGAAUUAAAAAAAAUAAAUCAAAAAGAAGGAAACGGUGGCUUUGAACACGUGGGUGUCUUGUCCCAAAACAGAAGGAAAACGUUGCCAAGUUUUGCUUGAAUUCUCAAUAUGGAAACGCGUCGUUUUUUUAUCAGGCUGUUUUUUCUGCUUACCUUCUUCCAGAUGGUUCUUCAAUUAGAGGGAUCCGUUGUGUGUUAUAAGAAAUUCCGUAAACGACGAGGAGUUUGUAAGCGACCGUUAAAGAGACAAGUCUAUUCAACAGCCAUUCAGUGCUGUAGUGAUCGAGGUUCUGGUUGGACAAGGAAAGUGGAUAAAGUUGGGAAGAACUCCUAUCGAUGUACAUCUUGCGAAAUCUUGAAGAAAUUUUCCCUGCCACCUGCUGAUGCUGUCAAGCCUACCCUUGCCCCCUGGGGAGAAUGGACUGAGUGUACAGUGACUUGUGGUGCCGGGUGGCGGUCGAAGUACCGACAGUGUCCAACAUGCAGGCCCGAUGAUUACAGAAACCGGCUCUUCCAGCCUUGCAUGAUCAGAAGUUACUGUCCAGUGGAUGGCAAUUGGGGGCCCUGGUAUCAGUGGCAUCCGUGUACUAAGUCAUGCGGUGGAGGCCGCCGCUCUCGAACUCGGGCUUGUAUCUAUCCACCGCCGGCAAACGAUGGUAAAGAUUGCGUCGGUAGCAGCGUAGAGGAAGCCGCAUGCAAUACGAAACCGUGUCCAGUUAAUGGAAGGUGGAGUAACUGGACCCCAUGGUCGACGUGUAGUGCAAGCUGUGGUGCAGGUAGUAUGAAAAGGGUUCGGAAGUGCGACAAUCCAGAACCUAAAUACAGAGGUAGACCCUGUGGAGGUUCCAGUUAUCAAGUCAAAAAAUGUGUCAAGAUCAAAUGUCAACAGGAUGGAGGCUGGUCACUCUGGAGUUCAUGGAGUCCGUGUCCAGUCACAUGUGGCACAGCAUUUCGUAUCAGAAACAGGGAGUGCAACAGUCCAAAACCACUCUAUGGUGGUAACUACUGUAGAGGACCCAAAACAGAGAAACUUGAAUGUCGAGGGCGAAGACCUUGUCCAGUAUCUAUACACGGAAGCUGGUCAAACUGGAGUGCGUUUGGUAGUUGUAACGCUCGAAGAUGCAGUGGUAUCCGCGGCUUUAAAACUCGCCAUCGAACAUGCACAAAACCUAAACCACGUCAUUACGGCCGUCAAUGUCGUGGUCGAUCGAUAGAGAAACGUGAAUGUUAUAACAAUAUCGACUGUCCAGUGAAUGGAAAAUGGUGUCACUGGUCACAAUGGAUUCGUUGCACAGCUGCGAAGUGUACUUCACCUUUUGCUACAGAAAGACGAGUGAGAAAGUGUGCAUGUCCGAAACCUCAACACAAAGGCGCUCCAUGUCCUGACGGUGCCGAUGAAGAAAUACGGAAAUGUGCUGAACGUCCUUAUUGCAGAAAGUUGGUUUCCAUUCAUAAAACAACAACAAUUAGAACAACAGAACUUACUGAACAAUAUCUUAUAGAAUCAACGUUGCAUAACCUAACAACUAUGUGGCCUAAGACUAGCACUGAACAAGUUUCUACUCUGAAUAUUUCACUCAUACCAUAAACAAAAGUGAUCUUUAUUUGAAAAUGGGGUUUCCUAGGAACCAAGGACAAUUCUGAAGAAGAAGAAGUUUUGAUUUUUUUUUCUCUUUUUGAACUUGGUUUUGGCCUUGGCAGUAGCUGUGACAAGCACCAACUUCAGCAGUGUAUAUAUAGUUAGUGACCGAAAACUCAUGAUAUUGCUGCUAGCAAGGAGAUUUAUUCAAUGUGUGUUACAGCUUUUCAGUACUUUUACUAUAAAUAUUUACAUAUUCACGACUGCUAAGAUUGAAACAUGCUCUCCCGCAUCCAUUCCAUUCAUUUAAUUAAAGUUUUAGAUUUGCAUGUUUUCAAAUUUAAAAAAAAAAAAAAGCAACAAGAUAAAACAAAACAAAACAAAACAAAACAAACAAAGCAGAAUUA